AUGAAUGUCGGAGUAAUUUAUGAUGAUGUAUGGAAAAAUAAUGCAAAAACAUUUUUUUCAAAUGCAAUUAAUAAUAUAUAUAAUGAAAACCCAUUACUACUAUUUUCAAUUAAUCCCAUAUUUUCUGAUAUCAUACCAAAAUGUAGGGAUGCUAUUGGAAGUGGUGAAGGUGCAUAUAUUUUAUCACAAAUAUAUUAUAAUAAUAAAAAAUUAAAUUCUGAAAGAGGAAGUGUUGAUACAUUUAUUGGUCCAACAUGUAGUGGUGAUCUAAGAAUUGCUUCUCGUAUUUCUAAACAAUUACAUUUACUAGAAUUUAAUAUUUGGAAUGAAUAUGUUAAUGAAGCAUUUGACAAUGAGAUAGUGCAAAUGUCCACUGAAAGUGGAACAAAUAUGGCUGCAAAUUUAUAUACAGUUUUAAAUACAUUAAACUGGAAACAAGUAGCUUUACUUUAUUGUAGUGAAUGUAUGUCAAAAUUUAAAGGAACUUCUGGAACAAAUGAGGAAGAUUUAACUUUACAGACGUUAAUGAAUAUCCUUCAAGUUAACUCAAUAAUUAUUACAGAAUGUAUAAUUGUUAGUCAAAAAGAAAUUAAUGAUUCCGUUUAUAUGGAAAGUUUAUUACAAAGAAUUAAAUUAAAAACAAGAAUAAUUGUACCUAUUUUUGGUUCAUCAUUAAGUAAUUAUAAAGUUUAUAUGGAAGCAUCUGAUUUAAAUAAUAUGAAAACAAAUAGUUAUAUGACAAUUAUAUUUCUCCUUUUUCAAUAUCCAAAAUCUUCUGAUCCAUGGAUAACAAAAAAUGGUACCAUUGAUGAGGAUGUUCUUAGACUAUUUGAUAGAACAAUUAUUUUAAAAAAUGAUUAUUAUUCAGAGGAACAAAUAAAUAAUUUAAAACAAAAAUAUUCUCUACAAGUAAAUGAUAAUAGUAUAUUAUUUUAUUUACAACUUUAUGAAACAAUAUAUACAUAUUUAGUUAUGAUUACAAAAGCAUAUGCUCAUUCAUCAAAUAAUAUUACUAUAUUUUCAACAUCACAAUAUGCAAUGUAUUUAAUGGAAUAUAUAAGAAAUAAUAAAAUUGAGGGACCUUAUGGUCCUAUAUAUUUUGAUAAUUCAAAUCAACGUGUUGCACCAUAUAAAAUAGAUGCCAUAGAAUAUUCAACAGUAGUUAAAGGUUAUAAUAGAUUUAUUGAAAUUAGUAUUGAUGAAACAUGUAUAUCUGAAGAGGUAGAUUCAUCUUAUAAUAAAAAUUGUCUUGCAUUAAAAUCAUUAAUAACAAAUACUGAUGCACAUAUAUUAGAAGAUUUACCACAAGAUAUGCCAUCAUGUGGAUUUGAUGGUGAAUUAUGUGAUCAAACAGGAACUAUUAUAAUUAUUGCAGCAGUUAUUCUUACAGUACUACUAGUAACAUUAAUAUUUAUAUUUGUAAGACGUAUGAGAACUGGUGAAACAGCAAACAUGCCAUGGGCAAUUGAACCAGAAGAUUUAGAAGUUUAUGAAGAUGAUUGUCAUGUAAUUGGAAGUAAUGGAGGAAUACAAAGUAAUAUAAGUAUGCAUAGUGUAAAUCAACAAUUUGAUACAAAAGUUAAAAUGAGAGAAUUAUUAAGAAAUUGUUUUGUUGGAAAUAUAAAAGGUACAGGAAAUGUUUUUGUAGAACCAUAUCAAUUAAAAGAAAAGAUGGUAUAUGAUAAACAAGAUAUGCAAUUACUUUUUACUCUUCGUCAAACUAUUCACGAUAAUAUAAAUCCUUUUAUUGGAAUAUGUAUGGAUAACAAAAAAAAUGAAUUUAGUUUUAUAUGGCAAUGUGCAAUGAGAGGAAAUCUUUCAUCAAUGCUUUUUAAUCAUCAAGAUAAAAUUAUACGAGAUGUUGAUAUUGGAAAAGAUUUUACAGGAGCAUUUGUUAGAGAUAUCCUUAAAGCAUUAGAUUAUAUUCAUUCAUCAUCAUUACAAUAUCAUGGUGGUUUAACACCAUCAAAUUGUUGGAUUGAUUCUCAUUGGAUUUUAAAAGUUGGAGGUUGUUGUACUGCAAGAAUGCUUUUUAAAUGGAAAUCUCAUGGUAUAUUAGCUGGUAAAAAAGAUUUUCCAAUUAUAUUAAAUAGUGAUUUACAUUAUUAUGCUCCAGAAUUAAGAAAAGCAAUCCGAAAUAAUAUGCAUACAAAUAAAGCUGAAAAAUUAGAAUUUUCUACUCCUGAUGGUCAAAAACAAGAUAUAUAUUCAUUUGGAAUUAUAUUAUAUGAAAUGUUAUUUAAAAAAAGAGUUGUUGAUAUUGAUGAUUCAUAUGGAAUGCAAAGAAAUGAUGAAGAUUUUGGUAUUUUUAAUGAACAAGCUGAGGAAUUGAUUCCCUUAUAUCCAACAAUUCCUGAAAAUCAUGAAGAUGUUCAUCCUGAUUUAAUAAGUUUAAUGCAUAAAUGUUACAAUGGAAAUGCAUCACUUCGCCCUGACUCAAAUAUGGCAAGAAAAAUAACUGAUGCAACUUUAAAAAUGCCAGGAAGUUUGGUAGAUCAAAUGAUAAAAAAUUUAGAACAAUAUACAAAUAAUUUAGAAAAUUUAGUUGAAGAAAGAACUGGUGAAUUAGAGAGAGAACAACAACGUGCCGAACAAAUAUUAUUAGAUUUAAUUCCAAAAUCUGUGGCAGAUGACAUAAAAAUGGGAAGGCAAAUUGAGGCAAAAACAUAUAAAUAUUGUACUAUUAUGAAUUCAGAUAUUGUUGGAUUUACCUCGUUAUGUAGUGGAAUAUUACCUAUGGAAGUUGUUGAGUUACUUUCUGGAUUGGCAAGAAAUUUUGAUAGAAUUAUUACGGAGAAUAAAUGUUUUAAAAUUGAAACAAUUGGUGAUGCUUAUGUUGUAAGUUGUGGACUUCCAGAACCAUCAAGAUAUAAUAAUGUUAAAAAUAUUGCUAAUAUGACAUUACAAAUGAGAGAAUUUUUAUUAAGUUAUAAAGUUCCACAUCGUCCAGAACAACAUUUACAGUGUAGAUUUGGUUUCAAUAGUGGUCCAGUUUUUUCUGGUGUAAUAGGUUUGAAAGCACCACGUUUUUGUGUUUUUGGGCAGACAGCAGCGAUUGCUUCUAAAAUGGAACAAAGUGGUGUUCCGGAUCAUAUUCAAAUGACAAUAAAAAGUCAUCAAUUGUUAUCGGAGAAAUUUCCUGAAUUUAUUUGUAAACAACGUGGUGGAGUAAGAAUUGAAGGUAUUGGGACACUUUUAACAUAUUUUUUGGAAGGGAAAGAUUUAUCAAAAAUGAGGACAGACCUUGUUCCUGUUUUUAUAUAUAAUAAAAAAAAAGAUUAUAAUAUGUCUUCCAAUGAUUAUGUGAUGCAAGGAGAUGAAUCUCAAGAUGGAUCUCAAAUUGAAAAUAAGGAUGACUCUGUUGUUCCGUCUGAUGAUGAAGAAGUGUUUGGUUCGAGAAAAACUAAAAAUACAAAGUCUCGAAGAGGAAAGAAAAUCAUAAAAGGAGAGACUGUAGAUGAGAUAUGUGAACAACAAGGAUUAAAUAACACUGAAAUAGAAUAUUCUAAUGAAGAUUUUGAAGAAAUUACAUCCUAUCGUCAAUAUCAAUCAGUAUUCCGUAAUAUCUUUGAAUCUACUAAUCAAGGUGCUAAACCACAAAAAUUAACAACAUUUAUAACAGCUAAAUAUAAAGAAUUUCAAGAACUUCAAUCAUCUUAUAUGGGAAGUAAAGGGGGAAAAAGAGAUAGUAGAGAAACAAAUAGUAGGGAAAAAUCUUUUAAAGAGGGAAGAGGAAAAUCUUCAAGACAAAAUAUAACUCUUGAUAAUUCUGACGAUGAGUUUGAAGCAUAUCUUAAGGCUCAUGAUCGUAAACUUGAUGAAGAAGAACGGGAAAAAGAGGAACGAAAAGCAGAUCGUCUUCGUAAGAUUGCUGAAAAAAAAGCUGCUGCUGAAGCAGCAAAAAUAAAAAAACCUAAACUAGAAAAUAUUGAGCAUAACGAUUUUUGUUACACAUGCAAAGGUGAUGGUGAAAUUUUAUUGUGUGAUUAUUGUCCUAGAGCUUAUCAUUUAUCUUGUUCUGAUCCAAAUUUAGAAGAAGCACCAGAAGGAGAUUGGAUGUGUCCGGGUUGUAAAGAAGAAAUUGAAUUAAAAGAAAAAAUAGCAAAACAUAAACAAUUUUGUUAUGUUUGUAAGGAAGGAGAAUAUCUUUUAUAUUGUUCAAAUUGUCCAUAUAGUAUUCAUGCGUAUUGUAUAAAUCCAGCUUUAAAAGAACUUCCAGAUGAUGACUUUCUUUGUCCUCGUUGUGUUGUACCUGAACCUCCUAAUAAACCAGAAAAAGUGUUGUCAUGGAAAUAUGAAGAAAUUCCAUAUCCAGAACCAUGGAAAAAAAGUCAAUUACCAACUGGUAACGACCCAGAAAGUUUGCAAAAAAUCAAAGAAAUAACUUAUUUGAGACCGGCACAUAAAAUGGAGCCUCAAAAAGAAAAAUAUUUAUUUUUAAAGUGGAAAUAUCAAUCACAUUGGCAUUGUGAAUGGGUAUCAGAUUUAGCAAUGGAAGUUCAUCAUGUAAUGCAUUGGAGAACAUAUUGGAGAAGAAAUGAUCCAGAACGACCACCUUACCUAGAUGAGGAUGAUGAUGACGACAAUUGUGAUGGAGAGGAAAAAGUUCAUCGAAAAAAUAAAGCUCAUGACCCAUUGGAGUUGUAUGAUCGAUUUUACAAAUAUGGAAUUAAGCCAUGUUGGUUGGUUAUUCAAAGAAUCAUAAAUCAUGUUAGCUAUGGAAAGAAUCAGUAUGAUUAUUUGGUGAAAUGGUCAGAGAUGGCUUAUGAUAAAUCAACUUGGGAAAGAGAUGACUUUGAAAUUCCUGGAUAUGAACAAGCUAUUAUUAAUUACUGGCAACAUAGACAUAAUAUGACUGGUGAGCAAAUUCCUAAGAUUAUAAGAAAAAAGAUAGAAGCUAAGAAAAGUGAAAGUGGUAUUACUGAAGAUGAUUCAAAAAAGAAAAAAGUAGUAUAUGAUAUAAGAAAGAAACAUGAUGUACAACCUGAUUAUAUUUCUGAAAGUGGAUGUAAUCUUCAUCCAUAUCAACUUGAAGGUAUAAAUUGGCUUAGACAUUGUUAUUAUCAAGGUACUCAUGCUAUUCUUGCUGAUGAAAUGGGUUUGGGUAAAACAAUUCAAGCUAUGUCUUUUCUAUAUUCUCUUUACAAAGAAAAUGCUUGUCAAGGACCAUUUUUAGUUGCGGCACCUUUAUCUACAUUGUUGAAUUGGGAGCGUGAAGCACAUACUUGGUGUAAAGACUUUUACUGUGUGACCUAUUCUGGUGACAGAGAUGCAAGAGCUAUAAUUCGUGAACAUGAAUUUUCAUUCGUAGAGGGUGCUGUAAGGGGUGGUACAAAAGCUAGUAGAAUGAAAAAUCCAAAUAGCAUUAAAUUUCAUGUUUUACUAACUUCAUAUGAACUUGUUAAUAUUGACAAGGCUAUUCUGUCAUCAAUUCAUUGGGGUGCUGUGGUCGUUGAUGAAGCACAUAGAUUGAAAAAUAAUCAGUCAUUGUUUUUUAGAAAUUUACGUGAAUAUGAUAUAGGUUACCGUCUUUUGUUAACCGGUACACCAUUACAAAAUAACCUUGAAGAAUUGUUUCAUCUUUUAAAUUUUCUAUGUCCUGAUAGUUUUAGUGAUUUGGAAGAUUUUACACAAGCAUUUUCAGAUGUUUCUAAAGAAGAUCAGAUUCAAAAACUUCAUUCAAUGCUUGGACCUCAUAUGUUAAGAAGAGUUAAGGCAGAUGUUUUAACAGGAAUGCCUUCUAAAACAGAACUUAUUGUUCCUGUCGAUUUAGCACCAAUGCAAAGAAAAUACUAUAGAAAUAUUUUGACAAGAAAUUUUGAAGCUUUAAGUAUAAAAGGCGCUUCAUCUAUUUCAUUAAUAAAUAUUUUAAUGGAACUAAAGAAAUGUUGUAAUCAUCCAUUUCUUUUUUCAAAAGCUUCUCUUGAAGCACCUAAAACAGCAAAUGGAAUGUAUGAAUUAAAUUCAUUAGUAAAAGCAUGUGGUAAAUUAGUUGUUAUGCAGAAAAUGUUGAGAAAACUUUUUGAACAAGGUAACAGAGUUUUAAUUUUUAGUCAAAUGACAAGAAUGUUGGAUAUUUUGGAGGAUUUUUGUGAAGCUGAAGGAUAUAAAUAUGAAAGAAUUGAUGGUUCAAUUACUGGACAAAUUAGACAAGAGGCAAUUGAUCGUUUUAACGCUCCUGGUGCUAAACAGUUUAUAUUUUUACUUUCUACAAGAGCUGGUGGUUUAGGUAUUAACUUAGCAACCGCUGAUACUGUUAUUAUUUAUGAUUCUGAUUGGAAUCCACAUAAUGACACUCAAGCAUUUUCACGUGCUCACAGAUUAGGUCAAAAAAACACUGUUUUAGUUUAUCGUUUUGUAACAAGAAAUUCUGUUGAAGAAAGAGUUACUUCUGUUGCUAAGAAAAAAAUGUUAUUGAAUCAUUUAGUUGUACGUGCUAACAGUGCAAACAAGGGACCUUCUUUAUCUAAAACGGAGUUGGAUGAUGUAUUAAGAUGGGGAACAGAAGAACUGUUUAAAGAUGAUGAAAAUAAUGACGAGAAUGCAGAAGGAAAGCCUGGUGAAAAUGCAAUUGUUUGGGAUGACGAAGCUAUUGAUAAAUUACUAGAGAGAAAACCGUUUGAUCCUAAUGAAAAAGUUGAAGAUAAAAAGGAUUGGUCAGAUGAAUAUUUAUCAACAUUCAAAGUUGCUACAUAUGCAACUAAAGAGGUUGAAGAGGAAGAAGAAGAUGAGGAAGUCGAAAGAGAAGUUAUUAAACAAGAAGGUAGGGAAGCUGAUCCUGAUUAUUGGGAAAAACUUCUACGACAUCAUUAUGAACAAGACCAAGAAAGUGAACUUCAAAAACUUGGUAAAGGUAAGAGAAUUAGAAAACAAGUUAAUUAUGCUACAAACACGGUAACUCAAGAAUGGCAAAAUAAUACUCAAGAUAAUGACGAUGAUUACUCUGAAAGUUUUUCUGAUGACACUGGUGAUUCUGAUGAAGGUGAUUCAGAUUCAGCAGCAAAUGAACUUAAACGUCGCAGAAAUUAUGUUGAUGAUGUUCUACCACCUUUGGUUGGUAAAGUAAAUGGACAAAUAGAAAUUCUUGGUUUCAAUCCUCGUCAACGUAAAGCAUUUUAUCAAUCAAUUAUGAGGUGGGGUAUGCCACCAAAUGAUGCUUAUCAAUCUCAAUGGCUUGUACAAGAUUUAAAAUCAAAAUCUGAAAGAGCAUAUAAAGUGUAUGCAGCAUUGUUUUUACGGCAUUUAUGUGAAGAUGCAUCAACAAAAAGUGAAUUUUUUAGUGAUGGUGUUCCAAGGGAGGGAUUAAAUAAACAACAUAUUUUGUCAAGAAUAGGGAUGAUGGGAUUGAUUAGAAAGAAAAUAAAUGAGUUUGAAUCAUUGAAUGGUGAAUGGUCUGUUCCGGAGAUUAAAGAAGCUAUAGAUAAGGCAACAAAAUUGGGAAUGGAAGCAAAUUCUCAGAGUCAAAGUAGAGAUAUGACACCUAAUGAAUUUGUUCAAGCGCAAAAAACUAAUGAUACUGAAAUUAACGAGAAACCUGUAAAUGAAUCAGUUGCUACAGCAAAUACUGUAGAUGUUACAAUGUCUGAAGAAGUUGAAAAUAAAGAAUGUUCUAAAGAAAAAGAAGUUAAGGAAAUUGAAGAUUGUGUGUUUAAUAUUAAUGAUGGUGGAUUUACUGAACUUCAUACUCUUUGGAAAAAGGAAGAAGAAACUGCUUCACAUAAUAAAAAAUAUGAAGUUUGGCAUCGUCGUCAUGAUUAUUGGCUUCUUCUUGGAAUAUGUAUUCAUGGCUAUUCUUAUUACAAAGAUAUUCUUGAAGAUCCAAGGUUUGCUAUUUUAAAGAAGCCAUUUGAAUAUUUCCAGGAGACCAAAAAUGUUACGAUUUCUUUACAGGAUAAAAUCAAAUUUAUGCAAAGACGUCAUAAACUUUUAGAACAAGCUUUGAUUAUAGAAGAACAAUUGAGGCGAGUUAAUUCCAUUUCAAAUCAAAUAGAUCUUUCAAUUGCAAAGAAAGCUGAAAAUAUAAAGAAACAAGAAAACAUUGAUUCUAAUACUUCAGCUGACAAUCAACAAACUACUGAUUUCAAGGUUGAUAAAGAAACUGAAAUAAAAAAUCGAGUACUAAUGACAAAAGUUAUUGGUCAACUUGAAGAUUUAGUUACUGAUUUAAAGUCUGACUCAUCUCGUGUUCCAACAACACUUGAUCAUCUUUCUAAUGUUUUGAAAAAAAUAAAUCUCCCAGAAAAAGAUCUACUAAGGCGUUUAUCAGUCAAAGAUGAAACUGCUGUGGCUAGCCAAACUUGUGUAGUUCCUCCAGCUCCAUUUUUGACUUCUGAAUUGAAGGAGAAAAUUACAGGAGUGCAGCCUAAAUUUGCCAUUUUUAUGGCUAGUGAUUAUGAAUCAAAAGAAAAUGUUGAAACAUAUGAAACAAACGGAAGUGAUGAUGUUAUCAUGGAAGAUGUUAGUGAAGUUAACAAAGAUCCACCUGUUGAAAAAGUUACUGAAGACGAAUCUUUAACUAAUAAGAGUGUAAAAACCAAUAGUAAAGAUGAGACUGCAGAAAUGGAAGUUGACAGUGCCCCAGUUCUUACACAAAAAGAAACUACCCAUCAUGAUGACGAGGGGUUUGAAUAA